AUGGCGAAGAUGCUGAUGCAAAGGUUAUGGCUUGAAAAGGUGUCUUGGGACGAAUGUGUCAGUCCUGAGCUCGAAGAAGAAUGGAAACAGAUAAGAGAUGAUUUAGAAAAUGUCAAAGAUAUAAAGAUGGAUAGAUGGCUUGGCACAACAGACUCGGAAGAAGAAAAUAUACAGAUACACGGAUUUAGCGACGCAUCUUUGCGAGCAUACGCUGCCGUCGUAUAUAUAAGGGUUGAAAGCGAGAACAAAAUAACAACCAAAAUCAUCGCUGCACGAACGAGAAUAGCACCUUUGAAAACUAUCUCCCUCCCGCGCUUAGAAUUAUGUGGCGCGUUACUCCUGUCUAAACUAAUGAAACAAAUUGGACAAGCGAUGAGAAUACCAACAACAAACAUGUUCGCAUGGACCGACUCUUCGAUAGUAAUCGCUUGGCUUUGUGGAGAACCCAAUAGAUGGAAACCGUUUGUAGCCAACCGCGUUGUAGAAAUCGUUGAGAACCUAAACAACAAACACUGGUACCAUGUGCAAUCUAAAGAUAAUCCUGCAGAUAUCGCUUCAAGAGGGAUGAAGCUGACCACACUUAAGAACUGUGAUCUGUGGUGGCACGGCCCGAGCUGGUUAUCUGAAAAAGAAAUAAAUAUUAGUAAACAAGAAGAUUUUACAACAGAUGAAGAAAUAAAGGUACAGAAAAUUCAAACUUACCUGAAUAUUGAAGACCUGGAAAGACAAGAAAAGGCACUGAGUACACAAUUUGGAGAUUUUGAUAACUUAACUGAACUACUUAAAGGUAUUGUCUAUUGCCUAAGAUUCUUAAACUGCAAGAAAAAUCCAGAUGGCAUUGAUAAGGAUAUUACUACAAUGGAAUUACAAAACGCCAUGAAUAUUUGCAUAAAAAAGGUACAGCAAGAAGAGUAUCAAGAAGAAAUAGAAAGAUUGACAUCAGAUAAACAAGUGAAAGGAAAGAGCUCCCUAAGAUCCCUCGCCCCAUACGUAGAUGAAAACAAGGUCCUCAGGGUGGGCGGUCGCCUCAGAUAUGCAAAUAUAGACGAAGACAGAAAGCAUCCUAUCAUUCUGGGAAACAGGAACGCUUUAGUGCCACUAAUAAUUGCUGAUGCACAUACAAGAACGCUUCAUGGCACUUUGCCUGAAAUGCUAUGCUACUUACGUUCUAAGUACUGGAUAUUGCGAGCUAAGUCCUUAGUCAAGAGACAUAUUCAAAAAUGCCUUACUUGUGCAAACCAAAAUGCUACGUCGAAGCCGCAAAUCAUGGGAGAUUUACCGGAGCCGAGGGUCACUCCUUCGAGACCAUUCCUACACAGUGGAGUAGAUUUUGCAGGGCCAUACCAGAUAUUGACGUCUAAAGGCCGAGGAGGAAAAACUGUGAAGGCCUACAUAGCUAUUUUUAUUUGCAUGGCCGUCAAGGCAAUUCAUAUUGAACUGGUUGGAGACCUUACCUCAGAAGCAUUCAUAGCAGCAUUCAAACGUUUUGUCGCUAGAAGAGGAAAAUGUACUCACCUGUGGAGCGACCAGGGUAGAAACUUCGUAGGUGCUAACAAAGAACUUGUUGAAGCCUGGAAUGAAGCUAAAUUGAAAUUUACCGGACCAAUAGCAGAGACACUUGCUAUCGAAGGCACACAGUGGCACUUCAUUCCAGCUUACAGCCCUAACUUCGGUGGCCUUUGGGAGGCCGGCGUCAAGUCGAUAAAAUACCAUUUAAAGAGAGUUCUGACAACAAACCUGACGUUCGAAGAAUUUACGACGGUACUUUACGAGACUGAAGCCUGUUUGAAUUCCCGGCCCCUAUGCCCACUCGAUAACUCAGAUCCUGAAAACGCUGAAAUACUCACCCCAGGACAUUUCUUAAUAGGCGAAGCCCCUAUCGUUGUUCCAGCAGCAGAUUAUAAAGAAUGUAAAAUACAUACCUUGUCACGCUGGCAACUCACGCAGAAACUGUUGGCAGAUUUUUGGCGUCGAUGGCAAGAUGAGUACCUAUCCAGACUGCAACAAAGACCUAAAUGGCUGAAAAAAGAGAAAGAGUUUAAAAUAGGAGAUAUAGUGCUUAUCAAAACUGAUAACUUACCUCCAGGCAAAUGGUCACUGGGCCGCAUCAUGGACAAACAUCCUGCUGAAGACGGUUUUACUAGAGUGUACAGUGUCAAAUCCGGUAGUGCUAUAGUGAAACGAUCUAUAUCUAAAUUAUGUGCGUUGCCCGUUGAUACUGAAACUUUGUAA